AUUACUGAAGAACUCGCGAAGCAAGGAACACGUUAAGUUUGAUGUCUUAGACAUGAUAAAUCAAUGCAUUUUAGCUGUCUUGACUAUUGUAGCCCUUACAGUAUCGGUAAAAUGCGCCGGAACUAGUUAUUUUCCUGAUUUUCCUAAGACGGUGCCAGAUAUUACAAAGUUCUACACGGCAAAUGCGACAAUAUAUACCUUGCGGACAACAAAACGGCUUGUGACAUGCAAAGUCGACGAGGUUGCUAAUCAAACUGACAGUUCCGUUUUCUUCAAGAGAAGUUACUGCAAAGGGGAGAAAUGGGUUAACAAGACCUUGGAAGGAACUUUUAUAUCAGUGAGCGUUUUCGCUAGAGGAACCUUUGACGCAAUGAUCGUCCACCCACCAGGCAUCAUGGGGAAACGCAUCGAGCAGUUACUCUAUGCCGACCCAGGAUUUCACUGUGGAGUCUUUAAAAUAUUCCUCAACCUUAUAUCCACAUACAGUCACCCUCGUGCAAUCUACGAGUUGCGCGUGCGCGAUUCAUACGAUAGGCCGUUCAAUGCAAAAUGUAUUUCGUUAUUCAGGAAGAAAGCUGAAAACAACUAUGUAGACGCAUAUGCGCCCACCUGCACUACAAGUAAAGUUGUCUGUAAAUGAGAGACAGAGGUCCCGUUGGUAAUGGCGACCACAUCUGAAGUGAUAAAUGGGUCUUUUUGAAUUAACAAAACUUUAACAUAAGGAAGCGCACUUGCAGCUUU